CUUGAGGGUGAAGCCACCCGUAUGCGUCUCACUUUCCAAACCAAACACUUGUAACUAAAAAAAUCAGCCACAAUUUUUGUUAACCCAAAUUAAGGAAGAUAACAUCGUUGUGGAAACUGCAUCGACUUUUACGCUCCUCUGUUAUCGCAUUAUUUUAGCGCGAGCAGUGUGUUUAGAGACGCCAUAGAGCAAGUGUCGGUGAUAUUUUCCAUUUAUCUGAGUUGUAUUUUUGCCAACAGGUGAUUUUUACGUGAGGAUAAUUCAUCCAAAAGAGGCGAAAAAUGUCCGCGGAAACCACCAACUCGGAACCCCCCACUAAAGAAGUGGAAAACCUAAAACUGGAAAAUGGUUCAGGAGAAGCUCCAAAAUCCCCUGUACCGCCAAGUGGUGGAGUAACUUUUGAAGAAAACUUCAAAGCUUUUGCUAAAUUUGGCGAUCCGAAAUCGGAUGGAAAACUCAUAACUCUUUCCAACAGCGACAAGUGGAUGAAACAGGCCAAAGUUAUCGACGGUAAAAAAAUCACGACAACAGACACUGGCAUCUACUUCAAAAAACUCAAGUCGCAAAAAGUCAACAUUACGAGCUACAAAACGUUCUUGGAGGAUUUAGCCAAGAACAAAAAAAUCGAAGUCGAGGAAAUCAAAAAUAAAAUGGCCAGUUGUGGACAACCCGGAGUUCAUGCACUUGGGGCUGGGAAGACUCCAAGUGCUGUCGACAGAUUAACAGACACAUCGAAAUACACAGGCACUCAUAAACAGCGCUUCGAUGAGACUGGAAAAGGCAAAGGCAUAGCAGGACGGAAGGAAGUUGUCGAUACUUCCGGUUACGUCAGUGGAUAUCAAAAUAAAGAUACCUAUGGUAAACAAGAAUAAAAAUACAAAUUCCAGACACAUAAUUAUAUUCAAAUUUAUAAUUUUAUAAAAGCUUGAUAAUUGAUAUUAACUAUUUGGAUAUGUGUAAUAACGUAGAUGUCUAGCACACAACUGGAAGUUUGUACAAAUAAUUUAUAAAAAUUAAAUGGCGAAAAGCGUGUUGUGAACCACUUUUGUAAAUUAUUUGUCUCACAUUCGCCAUAUUUACGUCUGUUUAAUAUUAAUAUUAAGAAGAAAGUCCAUAUUUUGUUACUAUUAAUAUUUAAUAUAAUACUGUUUACAUUUUAUUAAUUAAGCAAGAGUUAUGUAUUGAUUUUUUACAUAUUUUUGAUUAAGACUAGAAAUUUCUCCAAAGCAAUAACUCCCAUUUUUAUUGUCGUUUCGCACUUUUUCAUUUAGAACCUAUUAAUACGUAUCGUACGCUUUGAUAUAAUAUUAUGUAAUAAGAGUAUUAUUGCCCUUUUUUUAAUUCGAAAUUUCAGCCUAUAAUGGUCGCUUUUGUUUAUUUUUUCUUUCGAGAUGUUUGUAUAAUAAUAAGAAGUUGACAUUUAUUUAUAUAUUUUGACGUAAAUUUAAUAAAGUUGCGUAAGAUAUUGUGAAAUUAUUAUGUUUUACUUAACAUUUUCUGUGAUGGUUAUAAAUAAGAUUGUGUUUGUUAUAAUUUAUGUAGUUUAUAGUCAUACGUUUCCAAAUAAAAACAAUGACAAGGA